AUGAACCGAAGGGAAGAGCCCGGGCUGCCCGAGCCGGCGUCAGAGUCUUCGGAGGAGACCCCUCCAGCCACACAGAACUUCAUCAUUCCAAAGAAGGAGAUCCACACAGUUCCGGACAUGGGCAAAUGGAAGCGAUCUCAGGCGUACGCUGACUACAUCGGAUUCAUCCUCACCCUCAAUGAAGGUGUGAAGGGGAAGAAGCUGAGCGUGGAGUACGUAGUCUCUGAGGUGGGUGCAGACACGGGCGAUGGCUUCCUGGCAGGGCAGCCUGAUUUUGAACUGCUCUGCAGCAUUUUCCUGCAGUCCUCGGCGCUGGCCUGUUUCCCUAAACCGGGCAGUUCGGCCGCCUGCCUGACCCUGUCGGCCUGCUGCUCCUCCCUUGGCGAGCUCCCGGCCAUUGAGAAGCUGGUCACUCUUCUCAACACCCUGGACAGGUGGAUUGACGAGACCCCUCCGGUGGACCAGCCCUCACGCUUUGGGAACAAGGCCUUCAGAACCUGGUACGCCAAGCUCAACGAGGAAGCAGAAAACUUGGUGGCCACAGUGAUUCCCACCCAUCUGGCUGCGGCCGUGCCGGAAGUGGCUGUUUACCUGAAGGAGGCCGUGGGCAACUCCACACGCAUUGACUAUGGCACAGGGCAUGAGGCGGCCUUCGCUGCUUUCCUCUGCUGCCUCUGCAAGAUCGGGGUGCUGCGGGUGGAUGACCAGAUUGCCAUCGUCUUCAAGGUGUUCAGUCGGUACCUGGAGGUCAUGCGGAAACUCCAAAAGACCUACAGGAUGGAGCCGGCCGGCAGCCAAGGCGUAUGGGGCCUGGAUGACUUCCAGUUCCUGCCCUUCAUCUGGGGCAGUUCGCAGCUGAUAGACAGACAGGAACAGCUUGUGAAGCAGGCAUUAGAGCGGCUGCCUAUGGAGGCUGCAGGCUGUGGCCCUGCUGCUAUCACCCGUUCCUAG